GAGUAAGUCGGCUACAGGGCUGACUGCAAGGAUGUGAAACGUUGGACCUCAUCCCUAUAUCAGAAGCUCAGAUGCUCGUCUCAUUUUUGCAUCAUUCCAGACAAGCCGACUUUAUAUGGGAAUAAAAUUGAACCUUAAAGGUCGGAUGGAAAUUCACUGUGACAUUCAAAUCCAGACAACUUGCUGAAAUCCACAGAGCCUUUCCCCCAUGGGCCCUGAUGGUAGCCUCCAGAAGGUGCGGCCUCAGGUGGUCCCCCUUCUUCUGGGCCAAGAAUAAACUUUGGGUCUUGGAUUGCGACACCCACAGUGGAGAAGAUGGCAUGCGAGGGAAAGCGCUCAGCCUCUUGCUCUUGUUUCUUCCUCUUGACCGCCAAGUUCUACUGGAUCCUCACCAUGAUGCAGAGAACUCACAGCCAGGAAUAUGCCCAUUCGAUCCGAGUGGAUGGGGACAUCAUUUUGGGGGGUCUCUUCCCUGUCCAUGCCAAGGGAGAGAGAGGGGUGCCUUGUGGGGAGCUGAAGAAGGAAAAGGGGAUCCACAGAUUGGAGGCCAUGCUUUAUGCCAUCGACCAGAUUAACAAGGACCCCGAUCUCCUCUCCAAUAUCACUCUGGGUGUCCGGAUCCUUGACACGUGUUCCAGAGACACCUACGCUUUGGAGCAGUCGCUAACCUUCGUGCAGGCAUUGAUAGAGAAAGAUGCUUCCGACGUGAAAUGUGCGAAUGGAGACCCACCCAUAUUCACCAAGCCCGACAAGAUUUCCGGAGUCAUAGGUGCUGCAGCAAGCUCCGUGUCCAUCAUGGUUGCUAAUAUUUUAAGACUUUUUAAGAUACCUCAAAUUAGCUAUGCAUCCACAGCCCCAGAGCUAAGUGACAACACCAGGUAUGACUUCUUCUCUCGGGUGGUCCCGCCUGAUUCCUACCAAGCCCAAGCCAUGGUGGACAUUGUGACAGCCCUGGGAUGGAAUUAUGUGUCAACACUGGCUUCUGAGGGCAACUAUGGCGAGAGCGGUGUAGAGGCCUUCACCCAGAUCUCGAGGGAGAUUGGUGGUGUUUGCAUUGCUCAAUCACAGAAAAUCCCACGUGAGCCAAGACCUGGUGAAUUUGAAAAAAUUAUCAAACGCCUGCUAGAAACACCUAAUGCUCGAGCAGUGAUUAUGUUUGCCAAUGAGGAUGACAUCAGGAGAAUAUUGGAAGCAGCAAAAAAAUUAAACCAAAGUGGGCAUUUCUUAUGGAUCGGCUCAGAUAGCUGGGGAUCCAAAAUAGCACCUGUAUAUCAGCAGGAGCAGAUUGCAGAGGGAGCUGUCACAAUUCUGCCCAAAAGGGCAUCAAUUGAUGGAUUCGACCGAUAUUUUAGAAGCCGAACUCUUGCCAAUAAUCGAAGAAAUGUGUGGUUUGCAGAAUUCUGGGAGGAGAAUUUUGGAUGCAAGUUAGGAUCACAUGGAAAAAGGAACACUCACAUAAAGAAAUGCACAGGGUUGGAACGAAUUGCACGAGAUUCAUCUUACGAACAGGAAGGGAAGGUCCAGUUUGUUAUCGAUGCAGUAUAUUCCAUGGCAUAUGCUCUACACAACAUGCACAAAGAUCUCUGCCCUGGAUACAUUGGCCUCUGUCCACGAAUGAGCACCAUCGAUGGAAAAGAGCUACUUGGUUAUAUUAGGGCUGUAAAUUUUAAUGGCAGUGCUGGUACACCUGUCACUUUUAAUGAAAACGGAGAUGCUCCUGGACGUUAUGAUAUCUUCCAGUAUCAGAUAACCAAUAAAAGUACAGAAUACAAAGUCAUCGGGCACUGGACCAAUCAGCUUCAUCUCAAAGUGGAAGAUAUGCAGUGGGCUAAUAGAGAACACACUCACCCAGCUUCUGUCUGCAGCCUGCCGUGUAAGCCCGGGGAGAGGAAGAAGACCGUGAAAGGGGUCUCUUGCUGCUGGCACUGCGAACGCUGCGAAGGUUACAACUACCAGGUGGAUGAGCUCUCCUGCGAACUCUGCCCUUUGGAUCAGAGACCAAACGUCAACCGCACGGGCUGCCAGCGCAUCCCUAUCAUCAAGCUGGAGUGGCAUUCUCCCUGGGCCGUGGUGCCCGUGUUUGUUGCCAUCUUGGGCAUCGUCGCCACCACCUUUGUGAUUGUGACCUUCGUCCGCUACAACGACACGCCGAUCGUGCGGGCCUCGGGCCGGGAACUGAGUUAUGUCCUCCUCACGGGCAUCUUCCUCUGCUACUCCAUCACCUUCUUAAUGAUCGCCGCGCCCGACACAGUCAUCUGUUCCUUCCGAAGGAUCUUCCUAGGCCUUGGCAUGUGUUUUAGCUAUGCUGCGCUUCUGACCAAAACAAACCGCAUCCACCGAAUAUUCGAGCAGGGGAAGAAAUCUGUCACCGCGCCCAAGUUCAUUAGUCCGGCCUCUCAGCUGGUGAUCACCUUCAGCCUCAUCUCCAUACAGCUCCUGGGGGUCUUCGUGUGGUUCGUGGUGGAUCCCCCCCACACCAUCAUCGAUUAUGGGGAGCAGCGGACACUCGACCCAGAGAACGCCAGGGGAGUGCUCAAGUGUGACAUUUCUGACCUCUCGCUCAUUUGUUCACUGGGAUACAGUAUCCUCUUGAUGGUCACCUGUACUGUUUACGCCAUCAAAACGAGAGGCGUCCCCGAGACUUUCAACGAAGCCAAACCGAUCGGAUUUACCAUGUACACCACCUGCAUCAUUUGGUUAGCCUUCAUCCCCAUCUUUUUUGGCACUGCCCAGUCAGCAGAAAAGAUGUACAUCCAGACGACAACUCUUACUGUGUCCAUGAGUCUCAGUGCUUCAGUGUCUCUGGGAAUGCUCUAUAUGCCCAAGGUUUAUAUUAUAAUUUUUCAUCCAGAGCAGAACGUUCAAAAACGUAAGAGAAGCUUCAAGGCUGUGGUGACAGCUGCCACCAUGCAAAGCAAACUGAUCCAAAAGGGAAAUGACAGACCAAAUGGUGAAGUGAAAAGUGAACUCUGUGAGAGUCUUGAAACCAACACUUCCUCUACCAAGACAACAUAUAUCAGCUACAGCAAUCAUUCAAUCUGAACAGGGAAAUGAUACAAUCUGAAGAAAUGUG